GGACUCUGGUGGCGUAAACGGACGAACAGAUGGAUUUGUGCCUCUGAAGAGUGAAGAACUGAGAGACGUUUUGUGCGAAUCAGUGAAGAUUUUCAAGGAAAAGUGUUGGAAAAGUUGUGGGAAAAUGUUCAAAUUGUGUGAGAAAAUGUUCUAUAGUGACUAUAGUGUUGGUUUUGGACUUUAAUAGUUGCAUUUUCCACGUUCAUUUGCCAUUUGGAUCACAAAUAUUGUCAAGAUGCAUAGUGGCAGCUGCAUAGCACCGACAAAUCCGGCCUUUUCUGUGUCUAUUGGGAUUGCAUCACUGGUGCUGGAAGGACGUUCAGUGGUGAACGAUGAAGAUCCACGAGAUGCCUCGGUUACGCAGCAAUUGUCCUCGACAUCCGCAGCCAAUUCGUGGGCCAAGUCGGAUUCCGUACAAAAUAUUCAUCGUCUGAAGCAGAAAUUGCGUCAAUUGCGAUCGGCUCCGAGUACCAGUAAAGAUUCGGCGGAAUUCUACCAGGCUACAGCGACAAUGUUGACAUCAACCAAUGAUGAUUUUGACUCGGACAAUGAUCUCGAUGUGCCCAUUAUGAAGUCAAGUACAUCAUCCAGUGCCAGCAGUUCUGGGAGUUCUGGUGAUACCGCCAGUCUCCUGGAUUCGCUGCAAAAUCUCGCGUCGACAUGCCUAAAGUCCAAACCGAGAUCUCUAAAGGCCAUCGGACUCUUCAAGACAGUCGAUCUGGACACGAGCCUCACGACCUUGCUCGCCAGAUCGGCUUCUACGUCGUCGGUUAAGGAAGUGGCCAAGACACGCAGCAAUCCCAGCACAAGGAGGUCUAGCAUCAAAUGUGGCUUCCACUGUGAGCAAUUUCUAAAGAAGAUCGGUGUUAUCAAACAGAGUCAGGAUAAUGAUCCCGAACAUUACUGCAGUGAAUUGGCGGAAAGUUGUUGUCGCUGGCAAAUGCAGUAUAAACAAAUGGCAGCAAUCCUCAGUCGAGGCAGCGGAAUUUGCAUUGAGGUGUACCUUGGACCAGAGACCCAGCCCCUGCUCCUCGAGCAAUGGAUCAUCCAGAAGAUCGACAAACCCAUUGAACCCGGUAUGACCCUUCCAUCACUGUGCAGUGCAAUCCGUAGUCAAUUGCACUUUUCCCAGAUCACUGCCUGGACAGAUUUACUGUCGGGCGGUGAAGAAUUGCGGGAUAAUCCUCGGGUGACAUUCGGUCGCCUGGAUAUUUUCUAUCGGGUCAAAUCCUACGAUGCAGUGUCGAAUUUCGAAAAUGUUCCGCUCGUGCACAAUUUUCCCAAUGUCCGGCUCGAUGAUGGGGUAGCUGUUCAGGUUUGCCUGAAGAGUCUGCCGAGGCAGGAGGGAAUUCCGAAGUUGAAUGAGAGGGAGGAAGUUGGAGGAGUUGCAGUGAGGGAGGAGAGGGAGUUGAUGUCUGUGGUUCCGUGUUGCACGGAAAAGGGCAAACAUCGGUGUACGUUUGAUGAGGAGAGUCCCACGGAGAUUCUCGGUGGGAUGGAUAUGAUGCCGUCUGUGGUGCAUCGGGAGAAGCAGCUUCAGAAGUAUCGGAAGCGUCUGAUGCGUAGGGAUAAGAAGAAGAUGAAGCAGAGUGGGGAAGAAGAGAGUUUGGGAGGUAGUAGAGGGGGUUGGCAUCUGGAGGAGGAUCUAAUGGUGCCCAGGGAGGUGAGUCAGGAGGAUGGGGGUAGGAAAUUGUGUUAUGGGCAGGUGGAGAAGGGUCUGAAGCCACCGAUAAAUGAUUUGAGACCGCCACUCUAUUUUACGUCGGCUGCCGUUGAGAUGGCUAGAACCCCACCAAUCCCACCGCCCAGGAGUGCUAGUCUGGCCACUCAGACCGCCACAGUAGUCCAUGAUGCCAUCACUGUGUCCACACAGACGGACAUCAUGGACUGCUUUCCUCAUUGUGAUCUCUGCAAUAGCGAAAUGCAAUACAUAUGCUGGAACUGUGAUAGUAAGGUUAUGGUGAAUCUGACAGAUGAUGAUUUGCCCAGGCAGCAGCUAAAUAAAGCCGAUCUGCUGCUUCAAGCCAUGCAGAGGACGGCUCUGGCCAAAUGUCGAACCCCCACUCGAAGUCCCCAACACACCUGUGAACCCAGAUCCUGUGAUACUCUCCCUUCCGGUGAUCUCGAUUGCCGGCUGGGCAAGAGGCAGAAGAUCAAGCACAUCUACGGUACUGAAGCGGAUGUCCGGAAAGAAUUGAGUCAAUUCGAUGAGAUGAGCCUGGAUGUUGUCAAAAGUGACAAAGACUUUUCCAUUGAAGAUCAAUAUAAGACCCCUCAGGCCAAUAACACUGCCCCCCUGGUCCUCAAUACGCCCCCGCGCCAAGCUCAAAAUGACAGUUUUAUGGGCACAAGUGGCGUAAUUAAUACAGUCAAGUCCUCCCUGAGUCGCGUGAGAAAUCUACCAAAGAUCAAUCUUUCGAGUGUUUUUGGGGAUGACAGACGAGGUAGUCAGGCCCAGGAACACAAAUCCUCGCCCAUUCCCAUUCGCAAUAUCUUCAAUUUUGACGUGAUGCCCGAUCCGGAUUGCGAUCCGGUCGUUCCGGUGCAGAAGUCUAACUCUGCACCUACCUUCAAUGGCGGCGGCCCUCAUACACUGUCGCCACGUUUUAUUAAGUCUGCCGCCAUUUAUAAGCGACGGUCGCGACAUCUGUCCGAUCGAUCGUCCGAGAGAUCAUCAAUCGGAUCGGACGAACAGAUCUCCGAUGAUGAUCUCACUCUCGAUAGUCCGAUGACGUCACCCAUCAAAGUGUCCUCCAGUUCGGCGUGGAAGUUGCCAUUUGGACGCCGGGGACUUCUAGGAUCUCUGGAGGAAUCUCUUCUGCAGAGGCGUAUUGUUCCAAAAUUUCAAGUUCCUGGCUUUCGAAUCUUACUGGGAGCAUCCGGAAGUUUCUGUCCAACUCAACUGACAAUCCCUGCUAAGACUUUCUUCUAUGAAAUAUCUGGUCAAACUAUCAGUACGCCAUAUGUGUGUGAGAUUCGAUUGUCACGAAAGGGCUAUUCAAUUCCACGAUCGGGCACCAUUCAGGUGACUCUGCUGAAUCCCCUGGGGACAGUUGUGAGGAUGUUUGUGGUGCCGUAUGAUUUCCGGGAGAUGCCAAACAUGUCCACAACGUUCAUCCGGCAGCGAAUUUUGGCCUUCGAUGAGGAUCUCAAUCCAGGCCGCGAUGUUUCCCAUUUGACGACCUUUGAGCAAAUGAAGCUCCUUCGCUACGUUAUUCAUCUCAAAUUUCAGACAUCACGUUCUGGUCGAUUGUCCCUGCAUUCGGACAUCAAGAUGCUCAUCUCGAGGCGAACGGAUUGUGAUACUGCAGCUGCUCACGCCAAGGAUGCCCUCGAAAGUCCCAACGAGCUCAAAAUUCUCACCGUUCAGCCGGACAAUCCGCGUUUCAGUCUACGAAUUGAUAAGAAUUGACGACGACGAUGCAUCACGGGCAGCUCAGCUCCGAGAAUUUACUAUUCUCAGGCUUGAUCUACUUUCUUUUUUUUAUUUUCUAUUUAAAAAAAAAAAACAAAAAGGAACUAAAACUCGAAAAAAUCAGAGGAAAUUUAAGAAAAAAAAUUAAAAAUUAUUCUAUCAAUAUUUUUUUUUAGGUUAGGAAAUACGAUAAUAAUUUUUUUAAAAGAUAGAAAGAAAGAGGGAGAGAGAAUUUAAAUGAUCGACGUCUCAUCUUUCUUUUUUUUUAGCGAUUUGUGAUUUUUUUUUUUUGUAAUUUAAAAAAGAACAAUGUGAAUUUUUCUUCUAUUUUCGUCGCGAAAAUAUUCAUUUAUUUUGCUUUUUUGGGAAAGAAAAUCAGUCGGAAAUAUUUGGAAAAAUUUUGUCCUUUGCAAUAUUUUAUUUUUAUUUGAAAUUUUAUUAUGUUUUUCUUUUUAAAUUAUUAUUUUGGCGGAAUUAAUGCAAUUGGUGGAGAAAUGGCGAAAGAGAGAAAUGUUGUAAUUUAUCAAAGUGUAAUUUAUUGAAGUAGAAGUGUUUUUUAGAGAGAGAGAGAAAAAGGGAGAGUUUUUUGAAAUGAGUAAAAAAUAAUAAUUGGAAAUUUUUAGAAGUUGCUCUACACAAUUUUUUCCAGAUCAAUGUUUGCGCAAUGUUGAUAGCAUAAAAAGAAAAAAAAUGUAGAGAAAGAUUCACCUUUUGAACUCUAUUCUGCCAGCUUCCUUUUCACCCUCCCAGCAAUCUUCAAUGUGGUUCAAAAAAAAAAUGCUUCAAAAGUGUUUAAUAAAAAAAAGGAAAUAAUAUUAAAAUAAAUAUUGAGAAGGAGAAAAGGAAAGUAAACAAUCUCUAAAUAGAAAUUAAAUAACGUAGAACACUGCCAUAGAGAAAAAAAAAGAAUUGAUUCUGGUCGUUGGGUGUGAAGCAUUUUUCACGCCUUUUAUUGUUUUUUUUUUCAGCAAAAUAAAUUGAUAUUUUAAUUUUUAGCAUUUGAGAGAGAUAAAAAAAAAAUAGAAGAAGCAAGGAUUAUAUUGAAUGUAGUCAGUGAUAAAAUAUUGCCAACAUUGUACAUAAUGCUUCUAGCGAUAAAAGAAAAAGAUUGACAGAGAAUCCUGCAGAGAUAUCGUUAAAAAGAAAAAAAAACUAUAAAAUAUAUUUUUCGAUGAAAAUGAGAAGGAAAAAAAAUAAGAAAAAAUUCAAAUGAUAAAGAUUUUUUGGCAAGUUUCCGGCACCCUUUUGUUUCCUGGAAACUCAAAUAAAACAUCCUCUAAGGACGAAAUAAGUGUUUUGUUGAAAUAUAUAUUCUUGAAUGUAAUAUUCAAUUAAAUAAAAAUGCGUAUUCAAAUAAAA